UGUAUUGCAGCUUUAAGUUCAGAAAUUGUAUUGAAAUGAAAUAAUUUUAACAUUUCUAAACACAAAUCAGACAUUUCAUUUUCGCAGAAAUAUGAAGUAAAUAAUAUGGUUUACUAAUUUUACUUUUCUGCUAUUGCUAACAGGUAAAUGAAUGAAGUGAUAUGUGUUUUAAUAGUGUAUGUACAGAUUAAUGAUAUUAGUUCAUCAAUUUCCUUACAUAAAGUGGGUAAAGUAAGUGAACUCAGUAAAAAUAAACGCAGGUAUUGUCAUUAUGGAUCAAGAUAAAUCCGAAGGCAGUUCGAAUGCACCAAACCCUGGAAAGAGGCCACGGCCGUUUUUAUUACAGCCAUGUCCAAAGAUCGCUCGAUUGUCCAUGUACGACAAACCAUUAACAAACUGCCAGAAAAGUCCUAGGACCAGUGUGCCAAAGAAGAAUAAACUUUCAUAUAAUAUUAGUGAUGUCCCAGCCUCUGGCACUCCUGUGCCAGAGAAACGGGUUCGUAAGGCUGGACCGUAUCUUUUAGGGCCUAAACUGGGUCCGAGUCCUGUGAAAAGUAUAGUUCAAUGUUUGGCUAGAAAAGAAAAGACUGAUGAUUUUUAUCAAAUAAAAAUUUUGACUUUACGCCAUGAGGAUCAGGCUGAGACACAGGAUGACAGGCAGGGGAAGAUGUUACUGCACACUGAGUAUUCUUUAUUGUCACUAUUGAAGGAUCAAGAUGGAGUGAUACAUCACCAUGGACUAUUUAAGGAUUACGCUUUAGAGGAAGCUCCCAGUUAUUUUGGAUCUAACCGAGCAUACAAAGGCAGUGGAUCUGGCCGUAUCUACACUGGGCGUGUCCGGGAGCGGCUCUUUCUAGUACUUGACUGUGUAAAUGCUCACCAGUUUAGUGAGAAAGGUAGUGAGCUCAUCAAUCUCCAGCAAUACGUUACAAAAGUCAAGAAGGUACCAGAGAAGGAGGCGCUGUUGAUCUUCUAUGAUAUUGUGAGGGUUGUUGCUAAUAUGCAUAAGAGAAAUGUUGUGCACCGGGAUCUGAAGUUGGGGAACAUUGUGUUGAACCAGAGAACUGGCCGCAUCACCAUCACAAACUUCUGCCUUGGGACUCACCUGGGCAGUGACAGGGACUUGUUAAAAGAUCAAAGAGGGUCCCCAGCCUACAUCUCACCAGAUGUUCUAAUGUGCAAGCCAUACCUUGGCAAGCCAUCAGACAUGUGGGCGUUGGGGGUUGUGCUGUACACCAUGUUGUAUGGCCAGUUUCCAUUCUGCGACACGAGCCUCGCGCAGCUGUUUAGUAGGAUACAGGCGGCCAGUUAUAAUAUACCGCCCGAUGGUAACUCUGUUCAAGUUUCGGACAGCACCGUCUUUCUAAUCCAGAGGUUGCUGGUGAAAGACCCGAAACACAGACUGCUGGCAGAUGAGGUGCUAGACCAGCUAUCGAGCAUCAUAGCCAGCUCGGUGAUAGUGCCGAGCGUCCCCGACGACCUGCAAGUCGUGCCCGAGGUGGUGCUCGAGGAAGACAAGGCAAAGGAGACACCUGAAGAGAGUAAGGCGCUCACUCCGGUGCCGGACAGUGCGGAGAGAGUGCAGACUGCCAGUGAGGAUGUCGGCGUAUACUGCGUCCCCCUACCGGACUUCCUAGCUCUGAACUUCCCAAGCUCGAGUCCGGCGAGCGGCCACGCCCACACGCAGCCCGGCGACGUGGCGGCGCCCGCGCAGGGCCAGCGCCACAUCACCGUGCAGCGGAUAGGCCGGGACGCGAGGCCUCUCAACCACUCGGAAAUUGCCAGGUACCAACACAUGUUCACGAACAAUCAAUCUCGAGAGCGCACUGAACCGCCUCGGCAAAACUUCGUCCCUGAACCUCGGCCAGAGAACUCCAGGCUCCGAGCUUUAGCCCAAAGAAUCCCCCGGCUCAACCCUAUAGUCGCCAGCACCUCUGGACAGUCUACUUCGGGUACUUCCACCGACUUUCGGGUAAUCCCGUGGUCUGAAAGAUCCAGGCUGCAAUUUGAUAGAUCACUAGACCAAGACUAUGUUCUAAGAUUACCGCUUCUGGAACUGGCCCGAUUGCCACACCACACCGCAAACAGGAUCCUGAAUCCGCCGCCGGUGCAUACGGUGAAUUUAGAGUCUGUUAUGAAUAACCCGAGACCUCCUGCUGACAAUAACGAGUUUGAUUAUAAUUAAAAAAAAAAACUGCCUAUAGGAGUUUGAGCUUAAUUGAUGUUUUUACUUAUUUUACUCAAACUGUGCAAUUACGUGCAGUGUUGGUAGUGGGUCUGUUACAGAUUGGAUAUUAAUAUGUUAGUGUAGGUAUUACAUAUACUUAAACGAUAAACGCUCAGAAAUAGUAUUCCUGUUUUAGCCAAUUUUAUAAUUAUGUGCAUGUUGGGCCUCAAAUGAGUGUUAUAUGUAAAAAUAGUUCUCAAAUUGUCUUAAGUAUGCAAGUUUUAAAUAAUCCGAUGAACAUUUUGAAAAUAUGUAAAAUAAGUAAUUACACACUAAGUCUGUCAUGUUUGUUAUAGAUUGUCUCGUUGAAUAUCGUAUCAUAUUCUUUUUGUAGCAUAAUGUUUGAAGCCCAUGUGAAGGACCUAUGUAAAUUCUACCACUGGGUAUACGAAGUCGCAACGGUAACCGUGUUAUCGACUUGUCAAAAUUUAUCAACAGAUAUCUUCAUUCUUCCGCUUUUGCAGUUGUCGAGUGAUAAAGAUGCAGUUAUACAUUUUGACAAAUGAGGAUUGUUGAUAAAAGCCAAUUGUAGAUAGCGCUCGUCUAGAUUUCAUACGAUAAGUUAUCUUCCCUUCCACAUAGCUUUAGUCCACAACCUUUGAGUUUUUGAGUUUUUCAGUAAACGGUGGAUUCCCAUUACGGAGCAUUCCAGGACCAACCAUUAAGUACCUUUCGCAAAAAUUAAUUAAAAUUACUUCUUGCCAUAUACACAUUUGGUUUGUUUUAGUACUCAUCGUUGGGAAUGCCAUUUCGAGAGUUGCUUUCCCCAUUUCAAAUAACUGCAAAUAUGUACAUUCCAACCAUAUCGGAAUGAAAGGGAUUGAUAUAAUACGCUUUAUCUAAUCCUACAAAGUACUAGUUACUUUUAUAUUCAUUUUUAUGUUAUAGUUAACAUAUUUAUUAUGUUUAUCGGGUAUUUUAAUCUAUUUUAGGAUCCGACAAGUAAUGUUUUAGCAAUGCAAAGUUUUUAUUACUUAAUAUGGUUCGUCCGUGUUUAUAUUACAUACAUUAAACAUUUAAGUUUGCCAAAUUACAAUGUAUUAUAAUUAUAAAACUUAACAUUAAGUUUUUCAGUAUAAUAUAUGAUAGUCCUACUCUACGACGUAGCUAGGAUAACGGUUUUCUCUUUUAAGGCGGUUCCCUGAGCCAGAAGGCGAAAAAUCUCCUUAUAUGAUCAUGUUUUUCUAAGAGGCGUUGAUAUUCGUAGACGUGGAAAAAAUAUAUGUAGUUCUUGACUAUAUUAUCUUUAACAACAUAGCUUCCGAUACACGAAUUAUGACACUUCGCUCGAUACAAUUAAUUCCCAAAGUAACCUCUAACUCGGACUUUUAAUCCUACUUUACUCGGUUAUUUAUUAUGUGAUACUAUAAACAAAAAAAGAAGAUAAAACAAUCUUAACAUAAAUAGUAAUUUCAUAGCUUUAGAAUUUCGAUAUUGUAAGGUAACGUUCUUAAAAUAAAUAAAAACCGACAAAAUUCGAUCAAAAUUGACACUUGGCGCGUAUGUUCUUUCCCGUUCUUUCUUGCGAAAUGUGACAAAGACAGCGGCAAACCGAUGGAACGGCCUUAAGACACACACUGAUAUCUGCCAUAGUCUUUAGUUUUUGAACUGAGCUGAAAAACUAAAGACUAACAUAGGUUAACAGAUAACAGUUCUGUUACAGAAUUUACGUUCGUCGCUUGGCACUGUUAACCACACGUCUUCGACACCGUUUGAUACGUAGAAAGGUACUGGUCUUUUGCCUUAUCAUUGUCACUCGACAAACGCAACUAUGUCACAGAAUAACUAAUAGUACUACCGUACAGAAAAUUCACUCCUUCACAAAAGCCAGAUUUAGGUAUAAAAUUAUACCUACACUCGCCGCCUGCAAGCAAAAUUGAAACUUAUAACCGCGCACGAACCGUGAAUCUUCUUUGCGCGCCGCAGUUUUAUGACAGAGCUGCGAGUGUCGGCACGGGGUUGUCACUUGACAAGUUUUUGUACCUAUACCUACUGAUUUAUUAUUUUUAAGAUAAAUAUGUAGGAAUUACAAACGUUGAUUCUGUAAACAUAAAAAUUUUUAGCCGGAGAUAGUAUGUCUGAUUCUCACGGAAGUAGGUAUGCCACAUAAGUACUUAUUCCUUUGAAAAUAUGUCGGUCAAUAUAGUCCGGAAUUUUUAAAAAAUGUUUCUUUCUGCUUCUUGGUUCUUCCGUUUAUUCAGACAUCCGUAAACAGAACAUUAUCUUUUAUACAGAUUAAAUCGCGAUUUAGGUUUCGAAGCCAUUGCGUAUUUUCAAAUUUUUCAAUUUUGCGCGAGCGCCACGUGAGCACGUGACACGACUAUCGUGCGAGCCGAGCGGCAGCCCACUGCCAUACACCUGCCCGGGCGGUGCGCCGGCCAAAUAUACCUAAACUGCGCAGUGACACCCCCCUGACUAUGUCUUGUAGACGUCGGAAAGUGUGUUGUUUUAAAGGAAAAGUGGCAUUCAUAUGAAAGCGUCAUAAAUAAUGGCGUUAUACAGGCCUAUUGCACAAGCUAACUUUUGCUUGAUAAUGUAGGAUAUUAUUUAGUGGACAUUUUACAGCCUAUGGGAAAGUGUCACAAUAGGAAUUGCUUGUUGAAGAAGGCUGCAUGUUGUUUUAUGUAUAUGUAUAUUUUUUAGAUUAAAAAUACGAAUUAAUCAUCUAUUACAUGUGUACUUGUACAAAUAAAAUGGUUUAUGUUGUAA